GAGGCCCCAGCGAUUCACGGUUACACGGUAGAGGGCCGUAGACCUCUAUGGACGGCCACACGGCGCAGCGAGGUCCUCUGGCUGUCCUGCCCUAGUGUCCAGAACCGCAGCCGUCCGUCAUCCACCGCCCUCUUUGCUCCCCGAGUCGCAGACUUCGAAGCUCCGCGUGACCAGCAGACAACCGUCUGAGGCCAACAAUGGAAGGACAGCCCGGUCGUGUGAGGGCGGCGGCAGCGGCGGCGGCAGCGGCAGCUUCUGAGGCGCAGCAAUCUCGCGAGGGCCGAGAUCUGCCAGGGCCGUCUCGUGAAGGCAGAGACCCGGCCGCCGGGGAGCAGGAGGCGAGCCAAGGCAUGGAGCCUGAGGUGGCAGAGCUGCCGAGUCCCCCUCAGCAGGAGGCGGACGUGGACUGGAGGGUGGGUGUGCCGCAGCGCAGCUCGUCGGCCCCGUCGCUGCGCUCCCAGGAAGGGGCGCUGCCGCCGCUGGACUCGCCGCCAUCGGGCGGGGUCGCCGCCAGCUACGAGGCGCGGCCGGGACCCAGCCGCAGCCCCGCUGCGUCCGACUCCAACACGGAGUCGGACGACACGAACGGACUGCCCUACCAACGGCUCUCCCGCCGCAGCAGUCUGGUGACAGUGAGCAGCCUGAGCAACUACACCCACUCGUCGGAUCAAAUGGAGACCUCGAAUGAGCAGAUGUUCAGUGGCGAGGACGCGUUCGUCGGUGUCAGCAGCAGUCAGUCACCAAUGGAAAGCGGCGCAGAGCUGGAGGGGCUGCCUGCCUCAGCUGCUGAGUCUAUCACGCUGGAGAAGGCUGGCACCAGUGGGCUGGAGCGAGGGAUCUCGCCGGAUGAAGCCUCUCCAGAAGAGCAGGAGGAGCCCCCACGAAAGAAGUUUGCGUCGCUGGCGCGCUUCCUGCAGCAGGGAGACGGCGCGAGCGCCUCCAGCCAGCAGCAGGAGGGGGAGGGGGGACCUCCACUGCCGGAUGGCUCCAGGAAGAGGAGCCACGCCGUGGAGAGCCCCUUGCAGGACGCAGUGAAGAAGCGCCUCCUGCAGACCGGGCGCCCGCUGCUGGGUCGGCAGCUGUCCACCCCGGAGAGCUGCUGCAGCCCGGCCAGCGAGGGCCAGGAGGGCACCGACGACGACGGCGGCAGCUCGCGCGACUUGUCGCUCCAGGAGGAGUCCUCGGGGGACACGCGCGACGUGAGGGGCCGCCUCGGAGAGCUGAGGCUCGCCUCGCCCGCGCCGCAGCCGACCGACGCGCAGCCCGAGGCGGCCUCCCCAGACACCGGCGGCGGCGACGUCGGGCCAGCCACCAGGAUGCCGGCAGAGCCACCUAAAGAGCAACAGGAAUCGUCAGAGCAUCCAGUGUGGCAAGAGCCAGGUGAGGGGACAAGCCAGGGCCAGGGUCAAAAGGUGGCACCAGCUGCCAGCACACUGGAGCCUCCAGGUCCGGUGGCCGCCUUGGCGUACGGCGAGCAGCAGCAGAAGGCAGAGGCAGGGCAGAGUGCGCUGCAGCUGGGAGAGCAGCAGGCAGGAGGGCGGGGGAGGGCGGCGCUGGCGGGGGACAGCGACCAGCGAGUGCCGGAGGUUGGCGUGCCACAGGGGCAGCAGUCGCCCGGGGCGGAGCGGAAUCCGGCUACGAAGCGCAAGAGCACCGACAGCCCGUGCGAGCCGAGCCCGACCAAGAGGGGCCGCAAGUGAAGGUGGCGUGCCCAGCAGAUACCUCACGGCUGCACACUAUUUGUAGAUGUAAUCCAUCAAUUUUUAAAAUCUCAUUAAAAUUUGUUCUAAAUUUUUCAACAAUAUAACGAAGCUUUUGGCAAAUAUUAUUGACGAUCAAUACUACUGAUGAAAAUAAAUUCGUGUUGAGCCCAUUUGUGUCACAUUCUAUACAAUUCCAAAAAUGUUAGUUUUAUUAAAACAGUCAGUAGCAAGAGCACGAAGAGAAACAAAACUUUAUCGAUAAUUUUUAGUUGCUUAAUUCUGUGCAGAGUCGUUUAAAAAAACCAAUUUUUGUACUUUACGUGUAAUUUACUACUUACCUGUGGUGAAUAAACAUCUACAAAUUUUGCUUCA